UGUCACUGUCGUGAAGAACGAGCUGCAGAAGAUCCAGAAGGUUCUGAGUUCAGAUUACCCAGAAUGCUUAGAGAGUCAGAGGGAGGAUGAGGAAGUGUUGGACGGUGAGGAUGAAGAGCAGAGGAUGAGAAGCAGAGAGGCAUUUCUGAAGAUCACACUGCACUUCCUGAGGAGAAUGAAGCAGGAGGAGCUGGCUGACCGUUUGCAGAGCAGAAGUCAUUCUGGAGUUUGUCAGCGUGAACUUAAAUCCAACCUGAAGAAGAAGUUCCGGUGUGUGUUUGAGGGGAUUGCUAAAGCAGGAAAUCCAACCCUUCUGAACCAGAUCUACACAGAGCUCUACAUCACAGAGGGAGGGACUGCAGAGGUCAACGAUGAACAUGAGGUCAGACAGAUUGAAACAGCAUCCAGGAAACCAGACAGACCAGAAACAACAAUCAGACAAGAAGACAUCUUUAAACCCUCACCUGGAAGAGAUGAACCAAUCAGAACAGUGAUGGCAAAGGGAGUGCCUGGCAUUGGGAAAACAGUCUUAACACAGAAGUUCAAUCUGGACUGGGCUGAAGACAAAGCCAACCAGGACAUACAGUUCACAUUUCCAUUCACUUUCAGAGAGCUGAAUGUGCUGAAAGAGAAAAAGUACAGCUUGGUGGAACUUGUUCAUCACUUCUUUACUGAAACCAAAGAAGCAGGAAUCUGCAGGUUUGAAGAGUUCCAGGUUGUGUUCAUCUUUGACGGUCUGGAUGAGUGUCGACUUCCUCUGGACUUCCACAACACUGAGAUCCUGACUGAUGUUACACAGUCCACCUCAGUGGAUGUGCUGCUGACAAAUCUCAUCAGGGGGAAACUGCUUCCCUGUGCUCACCACUGGAUAACCACACGACCUGCAGCAGCCAAUCAGAUCCCUCCUGAGUGUGUUUACAUGGUGACAGAGGUCAGAGGGUUCACUGACCCACAGAAGGAGGAGUACUUCAAGAAGAGGUUCAGACAUGAGAAGCAGGCCAGCAGAGUCAUCUCCCACAUCAAGACCUCACGAAGCGUCCACAUCAUGUGCCACAUCCCAGUCUUCUGCUGGAUCUCUGCUACAGUUCUGGAGGAUGUGUUGAAGAAAGGAAAGAGAGGAGAGCUGCCCAAGACCCUGACUGAGAUGUACAUCCAAUUCCUGGUGGUUCAGUCCAAACUGAAGAAUGUCAAGUAUGACGGAAGAGCUGAGACAUAUCCACACUGGAAUAAAAAGAGCAGGAAGAUGAUUGAGUCUCUGGGAAAACUGGCUUUUGAGCAGCUGCAGAAAGGAAACCUGAUCUUCUAUGAAUCAGACCUGAAAGAGUGUGGCAUCGAUAUCAGAGCAGCCUCAGUGUACUCAGGAGUGUUCACCAGUGGUGUGCACAGACUUUUUGAAGGGUAGGGGCGGAAAGAAAAA